AUGUCUGCAGACACAGAAUACACGGCCAAGGAGGUCGCAGCCCAUCGGGAGAAGGACGAUGCCUGGAUGGUCAUUAAUGGCGAGGUCUAUGACCUCACCAAAUAUCUGGAAGAGCAUCCGGGAGGCUCCGAAAUUCUGAUUGAAGCCGCCGGCACAGACGCAACUGAGGCCUUCGACAACGCCGGCCACUCUGAAGACGCAUUCGAGAUCAUGGCGGACUUCCGCGUUGGCAAGCUAAAGGGCGCCGGCAAGGCAUCAGCACCCAAGCCCGUCCGUGUGACGCUCCAGACACCGCCAGCUUCAAAAAAGUCGGGCAGCAGCGCAUCGACAGCAGUCGGCGGCGCGGUCGUGUCCCUUGGUGCUCUGGCCGGUGCCACACUCGGCCUGCGGAGGAUGGACCUGUCAGCACUGUCAAGUCUCCUCAAGCUCAGACAGAUCGAGGGCCCAAGAAGCGGGGGCGGCCUUGGUUUUGUCGAAGGCUUCAUCAUCGCGUCGGCACUUGCGCUCGUCGCGGGAGGGGUCGCAGUCAGGAGGUUCUCUCAGCUGCUCGACAUGGAGGCUGGCGCGCUCCACCACGCACCACACAAGAAGAUGCCAAGGGUAGCAAAGGCGGACCCAUUAUCGCAGCGCGGCUUCCUGGACCCACAAACGUACUACCCUCUGCCUCUGAUCGAGAAGGAGCUCGUCACACCAAACGUCUACAGACUUGUCUUUGAGCUGCCAACUCCCGACACCGUCCUGGGCUUGCCCAUCGGCCAGCACGUGGCCAUCAAGACAACAAUAGACGGCGCAACCGUCCAGCGGUCCUAUACACCCGUGUCUAAUAACUUAGAUAGGGGCAUCUUGGAGCUUGUUAUCAAGGUGUACGACGACGGGCAGCUGACCGGGAAGUACCUGAAGCACCUGUCCCUCGGCGACGAGGUCAUGUUCCGCGGGCCCAAGGGCGCCAUGCGGUACAAGAGGGGCCUGUGCAAGAAGAUCGGCAUGCUGGCAGGAGGCACCGGCAUAACGCCCAUGUACCAGCUGAUCCGCGCCAUCUGCGAGGACGAGAGGGACACCACCGAGGUCAGCCUGAUAUACGCCAACCGGACCGAGGACGACAUCCUGCUGCGCAAGGACCUCGAGUCCUUUGCCAGGCGGUACCCCAAGAACUUCAAGAUGUUCUACCUGCUCGACCAGCCCCCCGAGAACUGGGCGUACGGCACGGGGUACGUGACGAAGGAGCUCAUGGCGGAUAAGUUCCCCGAUCCCAAGGAGGAUGGCUCCAGGGUCAUGCUGUGUGGGCCGCCUGGGAUGGUCAACGCCGCGAAGAAGGGAUUGGUGGAUUUGGGAUACGAAAAGCCAGGGGCGUCAUCCAAGAUCACGGACCAGGUCUUCUGCUUCUAG